UGCCAAGGCUUUUUUUCGGCUCCACCACUCAUCCAGGCGCAAACAACCUCAAUGCUGUCGACUGACAGUUUCAAAUCAGACGGCUCCCCCUGGCCGGAUCAGGAAGGUGAAGCAUGACGGGCCAAACAACACCUUCGCACGAUGCCUGACUUCCAGAGCCGCCAGGACGACGGCCGUAGCACGUACCGUAACGUUUCUUCGGAGGUCGCAGGGAAUCGGUCCCACCGGCACGCAAAGGGAUGUAUCAUAUGAGGGCGCGAACGCUCGUAUAUAAUGAUGGAGGAUGCCCUCGACCAUUCCGGCCGGUCUCUGCUACCACCGCUCCCGGCGCCAUUUGCGAGCUUCAAUAGUUCUAUCUUUGAACUGCCAUUCCUUACUGCGUAGUCAGUUGUCAUUCUUUCGCUGGGCGUACUGUGUAUCCCCUUCUAUUUGAAACUCGCCUUACAAACUUCGCCUUCGUUGUUGAUCAACCUCUAUAGCUUUCUAGAAUGCGCGGACUAUUUGGUCUGGCUGCGGCCUCUGUUGCCGCCUUUAUUACCGGCUCCCUGGCCCGUCCUCUCGUUGUCAGGCCGGGCGGCGUCGACGAUGUCGUCAUCACUGAGUUGAACAGUAUUAACAGUACAUCCAAGGUGGAGGCGGCUGCGGCGAAUAACCCUCUGCAGCUUGAGAUCGUCAACAACUUUGGCUCCAACCAGAUGUACCUAUAUGUCACAGGCAGAGACUCCAACGGUGUUGCGUGCAUGGUGGGCGCUGAUGGAAACCUCUUCUAUCCCGAUGCUGGUGGCUCGACGACCCCGGUCCCUAUUACUGGCGACAUCAAGACGUCUCUGGGUGGCAUGGGUUCAACUACUACUUUCACGGUCCCGGACUUCCUCAUUUCUUCUCGAAUCUGGGUUUCUGAGGGAGAGCUCCAGUUCUUUACCAGUCUUGACCCUAACAAUGGCAUGACUGCCAUUGUCGAGCCCUCCGUCGCUAACAGUCAAGACCCGUCUGCAUCUAUCAAAUGGGGCUUCGUUGAAUUCAACUGGGAAAAUGGCACGAUCUUUGCCAACAUCACCUAUGUCGACUGGGUAGGUAUUGCCAUGGGUAUGGCCUUGACCUUGGGCAACGGCGAGACCCAAACUGUUAAGGGUCUGGUAGCUAGUGGUGUUCAGAAACUCUGUGACGACCUCAACGCUCAGAAUGCCGUGGACGGUGCCGGCUGGGAUAAGCUCUGCGUGAGAAACGAGGGCGGCGAAGCGAUCCGCGUAUUGUCGCCUAACUUAUACCUGGACAUCGACCCCAACUGGCAGGCGGAGUACUACAACGCCUACAUCGACGAAGCCUGGUCCAAGUAUGCCAACGAGGACCUGAUUAUUAACACCCAGAGCGACGCGGGCAACGUAGCCUGCCGCGUGACCGACGACCAGUUGAUGUGCGCUGAUGACAACCGCGGCUACCCUAAGCCUAUCAUUAAGGAUAUCUACGGCUGCAACAGCGGCCCCUUCGCCAUCAUUGAAAGCGACAACAAUGUCCACAGGGCCGUUGUUCCCCGUCUAUGCGCUGCCUUCCACCGCACUACGCUCCUCCUCGACGGCGGCAACACCCAGCCUAGCCUCUCGGCCGACACCUACUACACCUCCGACCCGACGAGCCACUACUCGCGCAUCGUGCACGUGUACGAAGAGGACAACAUUGGCUACGCCUUCUCCUACGACGACAUCAACCCCGAGGGUGAGAACGCCUCGGGCACUGUCGCCGGUGACGGCCCAACCCUUCUCAAGGUCACCGUCGGCGGAUGGUCGUAAAGACAAAAGCACUUUCAUUAAUGUAAAUUUCCAAAGGCUUUUCUGAUGGGGCAUUACAUUACGUCUGGGAAGCCGGAUGGUCUAUCUAAUGAGGGUCGGGAACGGUUUCAGGGGGAAAGCAUUGCAUUGGAUCUCAUGCAUUUCUGCGCUGUACAACACUCAUAUAACUCGGGGAGUUUUGCCGGUUUACCCUCCAUCUAUCAUUUCUCGUAUAUAUUUCUCAGUCUUAUAAAGGCAUCUGGUACAUAUAUGGCAUGUAGUAUAUUCGAAUUAUAUCACACCAUAUCCAAUAUAGUCGCUCGUUCAGGA